AUUCAAGUCUUCUUAUUGUCUCAACAUCAUGCCUGUUGCUGCAAGGACCAUAAAAACAACUAAUGGCACUCAGGAGUCCCACAAGAAAAAGAAGGUUGUGUUCAUAUUAGGAGCAACAGGAACUGGAAAAACAAAGCUAUCCAUUGAUUUAGCUACCCAUUAUAAAGCUGAAAUCAUCAACUCUGACAAAAUUCAGGUUUAUCAUGGCCUCGACAUUGUAACCAACAAGGCUACUGAAGCUGAACGUAAAGGUAUCCCUCACCAUUUACUCGGCUUUCUUCAGGAUCCUGAAGCGGAUUUUACCAUACGAGAUUUCUGUAUUCAAGUGCACAGAGCAAUCAAUCAUAUUAUCAACGAUAAUGGCUGCACCCCUAUAGUCGUAGGAGGAUCAAACACCUACAUCAAAGCACUUGUGGAGGAUGAUGAAUCCUUUAAGGGUGAGUUUGAUGCUUGCUUUUUAUGGAUGGAUGUUGAGUUGUCUGUUUUGUACAAGCGCGUAUCAAAAAGGAUUGAUCAAAUGGUGGAUGCUGGACUUGUCGAUGAGAUUCGAGGAUUUUUUGCUCCUGGAAUUGACUAUAGUAAAGGGGUUUGGCGAGCAAUUGGUGUUCCUGAAAUGGAAAAGUAUUUCCUUGCUGAGAAAAAUAUGGCUGACGAGACUACUAAGAGAAUAUUACUGGACGCUGCUAUUCAGGAAACUAAAGAAAAUACAUGUAAACUAGUGAAUUCUCAGAUAGCAAAGAUCAAUAUGUUUAGAAAAAAACUUGGAUGGAAAUUGCAUAGGCUUAAUGCCACUUCUGUUUUUGAGAAGGCCGGGAUAGAAGCUGACGAUGCAUGGAAGAAAAUGGUCUUAAACCCUAGCUUGAAAAUUGUUGGUGAUUUUCUUGGGGAACCUGCAUAUUAGCUAAGCUAUCUAGGAGCAGAAAUAAUGCCAUUUAGGCUGUAUCUUUUCUUUUUUUACAGAAAAACUAGUACACAGGCUUUUUAUCUAUUCAGUUUUUUUUUUUUUUCUUUUUCUUUUGAUUAUGCUUCCAGUUUGAUCCCUGGUAUUAUUGUACUAGAAAGAAAAA